AUGAUAUGGUGUAAUAUCAUGAAGAGUAGAACAUUAAUUAUUCUCGCUUUGGCUGUCGUUAUGAUUGCAGCCAUUGCUUUGGUUGUCAAUGCUGAAACCAAAGUAGUUUCAUCAACCAAUAAAUCCUCUUCUUCUUGUCAAGGAGGAGGAUUAAAAUGUACCGUUCAAAAACUUUCAACAUUUGCAAUACAUCAACAAUAUAUUUUAUAUCAAAAGAAGGGUAGUUUACCUGGACCAUCAUUUGUACCACCAUUUGUUGGUAUGCUUUUCCAAUUGAUUUUGACGCCAUUUGACUUUUAUCAAAACCAAGAAAAGUAUGGAUUGAUCUCUUGGACAUCGAUCCUCAACAAGUUUGUCUUGUUUGUCGUCGACGCAGAGAUGACUCGUCAGGUUUUCAAAGAGGAAAAUGCCAAGCUCUUUUUAUCGUUGGGCGCUAAAAAGAUUUUGACUGAAAAGGCCAUCCCCUAUAUUGAGGGUGUGCCACAUCGCCAAUUGCGCAAGCAACUCUUGCCACUUUUCACCAUCCGUGCCCUUUCAUCGUACUUGCCCAUCCAAGAGGCCAUCGUCAAUGAAAACAUCCAGUCUUGGCUCAAAGACGGCAAGAUGAACGCACGUAACCAAUGUCGUGACCUCAACAUGAUGGUCUCUACGGGCGUCUUUGUCGGCUCCAACACGGACAAGACAAUGCGCGAGGAAAUCGCCAAGAACUUUUUCAUCAUGAACGAGGGUUUCCUCUGCUUCCCCAUCGAUCUGCCAGGCACCACCCUGCGCAAGGCCAUUAGAGCCCGUGAGCGUCUCGUUGAGCUCUUUACCAUUGUCAUUGAAAACAGCCGUAAGCGUAUGGGCCAAGGUGACAAGCCAGAGUCCCUCAUUGACCUCUGGGUCGAAUAUUUCCUAUCGUGUGACGAGUCUGAACGUGACGAACUCUCCAACGACACUAUCAUUUAUACUUUGCUCUCUUUUAUGUUUGCCUCGCAAGAUGCUCUCACCUCUUCGCUCGUAUGGACCGUCCGUUUGAUGGCCCAACACCCAGACGUCCUCGCUCGUGUCCGUGCCGAGCAAUUCCGUCUACGUCCCUCCAACCAAAAGCUCAACCUCGAGGUCAUGCGUGAAGCCACUUAUACCCGUCAAGUCGUCAACGAAAUCCUUCGUUUCCGUCCACCCGCCGUCAUGGUGCCACACGAAAAUAUCGAAGAGAUCAAGGUCGGUGACAUUGUCGUUCCCAAACAUUCUUUAAUCCUCCCAUCCAUCUGGUCGGCUCACUUCCAAGACGGUGGUUUCAAGGAUCCAUAUAAUUUUGACCCAGACCGUUUCAAUAGCGAGCGUAAAGAAGAAGUAUCUUGUGCCAAAAACUAUCUUGUUUUCGGUGCCGGUCCACAUUACUGCAUCGGGCGUGAACUCGCCAAAAAUCAAAUCGAAGUCUUUUUAACUCAGAUGGCCAUGACCACCAAUUGGGAACACGUCCCAACAGCCGGUGGUGAUGAAAUCAUCUUUGGUCCAACUAUCUUUCCAAAGGAUGGUUGUAACAUUACCAUUAAUCCAAGAAAUUAUUCUGCUUAA